GCCUACCUAGCGCCACCGGAGAUUAGGAACUAUUAUUUAAACCUGAAAGCUGGUCACUUUUGCAAUAGUUUUGCCAUAUAAGAGAUUUUCCUCCUUUUAAUUCCACACUUCAUACAUUUGCUCCUUGCUCCAGUUGCUCCUCUCACCUGGCAACACUAAUGCCAUUCGCCAGUUCGCCACUCGCCUUGCGGUGAAUAAACCAAAUAAGUGAGACUUUAUUUAUAAAUUUCGUGUACCGCUUAGUUUUUAGCGUGUUAAAUUCUAUACUUAAAUACAUAGUUGAACUACAUACAUUAGAACAUGCCGAACAUAAAGUUACAGUCGUCCGAUAACGAGAUUUUCGAUGUCGAUGUUGAAAUAGCUAAAUGUUCCGUCACAAUCAAAACAAUGUUGGAAGAUCUUGGCAUGGACGAAGAUGAGGAAGAAUCGGUACCCUUACCUAAUGUAAAUUCUGCUAUUUUGAAGAAGGUGAUCCAAUGGGCUACGUACCAUAAAGACGAUCCACCCCUACAAGACGAUGACGAGAACAAAGAGAAAAGGACAGACGACAUUUCAUCCUGGGAUGCCGAUUUCUUGAAAGUUGAUCAGGGAACCCUGUUUGAACUCAUCUUAGCGGCGAAUUAUUUAGAUAUCAAAGGUUUAUUGGAUGUGACAUGCAAGACGGUUGCAAAUAUGAUUAAGGGCAAAACUCCAGAGGAGAUACGCAAGACGUUCAAUAUCAAGAAUGAUUUCACGGCCGCGGAGGAAGAUCAGGUGCGCAAGGAGAAUGAGUGGUGCGAGGAGAAGUAAGCCUUUGAUUUCAUCAGCUAUUUACAGAACUACAAACAACAAUAUUAUAAUGGAUGAGGACUUGGGUAAACCUACUAAUCUCUCCACAGAAUAGAAGAAACCUAAUACUAUUGACACAAAUAAUUAUAACUAUAGUCAUAGUUGUGUGUAAGACAAACAUGUAAAAUAUUGCAGUAUUUUAUAGUUUCCUUUAUCAUUUUUGUGGCUUGUCAGGUAAGGUAUUUUUUGUUUUAAGAUAGUUCACCCCUACUCAUGCAUAGGAACAGUCAAAUAAUUAAGAUCCAUACCAUUUUGUCACAGUGACAAUCAAUAUGUAAGUCCCUAGCGUCACCUCAUACUAUCAUGACUGUGACAAGGUGCAAAAUGGUACUGAAAUUAAAUUCCUUGGCCAUACAUACAAUAAAUUAUUUGGUUCCUUGUGCAGUCCAAUGAGAAAUAUAACUUUUUAUGUUGAAUAUCGUAUCUUAGUUUUAACAGGGAUUUAAUCUGUACAGUGAAUAAUCCAAACAAGGUAUCUUUUAGUUAAGGUACAUAUUAUUUUAAGAGGAAAGGGGAUGAGCACUUCCCAUACAAACAUAGUCCCCAUUUUCCUACCUAUUGACAUUAUGGAAAACAUUUUCUUCGGCUCUUAGAUUUUUUGGAUUUUAUUAGGGGCCAAAAACAGGUUCCAUAUAACAUUUAAAAUGCUCCUUACUUUUUUAAGAAUUAGAAAUUUGAAAAAUAUCAAAUGAAGGGGUUUAGCUGUGUUUGAAAUACAUCAAACUGUUUCAAAAUAUUUUCUGUUUGUAGCGAAAAGCACCUUUCCAAAGGUGCUUUUCGCAUGGUCGUCCACUUUCAUCUUAAUAGUCAAUUCUUUUUGUGAAAUGUUGAAAGAAUAAUUGCUGUGUAACAUGUUUUACGCUAAAGUAAAACCAUUUUCUAAUUUUUAUUAAUAUCUCUCAUUUCAAAUCUGUAUUCUGCCAUGUCUAAGAAAUGGUCACUGUAAACAUUGAUAUAUACCACGAUAAUUUUGUCAUAGCUGUUUAGCUUUGAUCAUUAAUACUUUAAAUUUCUUUAAACACUUGAAAAAUGAUUUUCUUAAUUAUAAAUCAAAACAAACUGUCACAUUCAGAUGAUAGCAUAAAAUAAAUGAUUUUAAUAAAAAAAAAAAUGU